CUAUCCACGCACGAUACGUUAGUAUGCACAGAAUGUACGAGUCAUACUAUUACUAACAGUGCCUGCCACAUGCCACAGCGUUCAGUGAGGUACGUACCGUACGUACGUACGUACGAUAACGACGAGACUGAGGCCUCUUUUCCGAGAACUGAGGUCUCGUUUCUCGCGAGACAGGUUCUGUUCGAUCUUUUGGUGGAGGUUACGGUUUGUACUUUUACUACUUCGUAUUUAUUUGAUAAGAUGCUAGUUUAGGGUGGUCGGACCAGAAUUCUUCAUACUGUAACAUCGCUUAGGAAAGGCUUGACACCGUUUGGUUCCGAAAGCGAGACUAUUGUUCGUUGUCGCUCGAAGUCAUGCAUGCGCCCCGCAUCACAUUAAUUAUAGAAACCCUGUCUAGUAAGUAUUUUUUCAUUUAAGUUACGGAACAAAGAUAAUUUUAGAAGAAGAAUUGGGUUGGGUGCAUUAAAUCCAGUUGGGGACCUACAAGUUUUCAAUGAAUACCAACUUGCAUUGAACAAUGAACAAUGAAUGAGAAACGGAGUGACAAUUCAUACAGGAAGCAGAUCAUACAUCUCUUAGGAUUUUUUUUAUGGAUUAUUAUUAUUUCCUUUCAGUUCGUGGUGAACAGUACCUUGAACAUGACCUGGUCCCGUACUGCAGAUUGUUCUCUAGACUUCAUUCUCGCACUUCUUUUUCUGUUUUUACAAAUAAAUAUAGUGUUGGGACUAGACAGACUUGAACAGGACAUUUUAUUGUUCUCUACCGUACUACCAUAUGUUUCGAUCAUUUCAAAUUAUCUUUGAAACCCGAUUUGUGUUCUCAGAAAGUACGGUCUUUUAUGUUCUCAAUUUGACUCUGUUGGUCCUACACUGCUCCUGCUGUAUACGAGCAUCCUUGCGACAGGAUGGGACCAGAAUUCCCCCCCCCUAGCUCCAAAUUUUCUACUCACUCAUAGCAGCGUUCCUAUUUUAUUGUCCAAUACCACAUUAUCACAGAAGCAAAGUCUAUAAUCCAUCCUACCCACCUUCGGUCAUAUGACUACAAAAUGUCGGAUAUGACCGACAGCUACGAAUCCUUCUUGUCCGAUGUCCACGAUUCCGCGGAAUGGGCCCGAGACCAAUUUCCCAUGAAGCUCUACAACCUCCUCGAGGAUGUGGAAAAAAGCAACAAGGGUCUCAAUCGAUACAUCUCGUGGUUACCAGGUGGAACAUCCUUCAGGGUGCACGACAGAUCGAAAUUCGAAGCUUUGGUCUUACCGGAAUACUUCGAGAGGAUGAGUUCAUUCCUUUCCUUCCGAACACAGCUGAACAAGUACGGAAUCUACCAGUCCAAGACCACAAACACACACAAUCCGGAUUCCUCCAAAAGCGACGGCGGUAAGUGUUCAUUGACUUUCCGCGCUUCGAAGUUUGUCCUACGUUUCCUACGUUUGCGUCCUCCAUAAAUUGCAUUUGGAUCCCAACAACUUUUGUGUUUCUUCUAUCUUUCUUUCGCUCUGGAAACGUUACGUUUCGGAUUGGUUCUUACGCCUGCAUCGACGUCCCUCUCUCUCUCGUUUGCAUGCGAAGCUUAUUCACACAAGUAUUUGAUUAGAGGAAAACAGCAUCUUUGUACCAUGAUUUUCAGGAGGCGAGGAAACGUCAAACCCAAGAAUGAUAGGAGGAAACAGCAAACAUGCAAGGUGACAACAGCGGUCUCUGUCCCUGUUGCUACUGGCACUGGGCUGAGCAACUUGAGAAUGACGAGAGACAAUACUACCAAUGCCAAAAGCAACGGGAAAGAACUCAAAAGAAAGCCACCGCCAUCACAAUCACAAUCACAAUCACAAUCAUCAAAAUCCUCCUCAUCCUCAUCAUCGCUUGUGGAGGAGUCUUCCAAAACCUCGAGUCCACAGAAGGAUAAGCAACAGCGGUUGCCAGCAGGCAACAAGGUCAAGCACACGAUCAAAAGGUGCACUUUCAAGUCACCCAGCGAUUGCCCAUCUAGAGGCACCAUCACAGGCGUUAAGAAGGAGACGAAAUGCAAAAAGCUUGUUCCUAUUCCUUCGCCUACCCCCAGCGCCCGAUUGAAUCGCGGUCGCUGUGAUCGCAAAGGAAGUUCAAAGAAGCGGCGGUUGUCAACAGGCAACAAGGCCGAGCACAAGAUCAAAAGUUGCAGUAUCACGACGCCAAGCGAUUGCCCGUCUGGAGGCACCAUCGCAGGCGUUAACAAAAAGGAGACGAAAUCCAACGAAUUUGUUCCUGUUCCUUUGGCUACUACCAGCGCCCCUUUGAAUCGCGGUCGUUGUGGUCGCCAAGGAAGCUCGAAGGGAGCAGAAAGAUCAGGAGGGGAAGGCGACGAAGAAGAUUGUCUCCCGGACGUGACGACAUUGGUGAAGAAAGAAGAUUUAGAUAUUGAUUACGACGACGACGACGAUGAUGAUGAUGGCGAUGACGAUGAAGAAAAGUAACAGUGGUAUGGGCACCAACGGUACCGAUUCUAUGUUCGAAGCCCAAGCUAAGGAACUCACAUUAUAGUUGACAGCUUACGAUGCACAGGCAAGACAGCACUUGCACAAUAUUGAAGAAAACGAUCACAAAAGUGACAAGAAAGAAAUCGUUCAAAGGAAAGGAUCUAUACAUCCAUAUAGAUAGUUCCAUUUUGCGGACAACAUUCAGGACAACAUUAACAUACCACAUGCGCUCUACGAAUCGACAUACGAAAUGCCUGGCGUUAUAUUCUAAUUUGAUGUAUCAAAUCAUAGCACCUGACUGCAUACCCAGCAUUCGUAGAUACCAUCGUAUGAACGCUGUAGCACGAUGAAACACAAAAUCGACAAUUUUUCCAUCAUCGGAUCAAGCUGCAACCUGCGCAAGCAUUUACGGAUUCAUUGGAAUGCAAUGCAACUAAACGCACUUCAUAGUA